GUCGCCAUAUAUUUCCUACCUGCAUAUUCAAACGCAUCAAACAACUUGUUUCGUAUAGUUGGGCCAAAAUUUUUCGUUGUUUCGUCCCGAAAAGUGUUCGUUUUGUCGUAGUACUGUGUUAAAUAUUUUACAAUGACCACCACAACACCAAAACAUGGAGCAAAUUCGGAGGUGUGUUUGGCCCUGUACCGAAAAUCACUCAAGUCCAAAGAAAUGGACCACGAUGGGACCCAUUUCGAUGGACAGUAUCCGCACGUCUUUGUGACCCUUGGAGCAUCAGGUGAUUUAGCUAGGAAAAAGAUCUACCCGACGUUGUGGUGGCUAUACAGGGACAACCUCCUCCCUGCUAAUACCGUUUUCUAUGGAUACGCCAGAAGCAAAACCUCCAUUGAAGAAAUCAAAGAAAAAUGCAAACCCUACAUGAAGGUUAGGGCCAAUGAAGAAGAGCGCUUUGAGAAGUUCUGGACCGUAAACUACUACGUUUCUGGCACGUACGAUUCCAGAACGGAUUUUGAGAAACUAAAUCAAGAACUUUGCAUUUUUGAGAAGGGCCCUACAGCAAACAGACUAUUCUACCUAGCCCUUCCACCCUCAGUAUUCGAGCCUGUGACGGUCCACAUAAGAAACUCGUGCAUGGCUCCAAAAGGAUGGACCAGAAUCAUUAUAGAAAAACCUUUCGGCCGCGAUUCGGCUUCUUCGCAAAAACUUUCCGAUCAUUUAGCCUCCCUAUUCACGGAACAGCAAAUUUACAGAAUCGACCAUUACCUAGGGAAGGAAAUGGUGCAAAAUCUCAUGACUUUGAGGUUCGGUAACCGCAUUUUCAACCCAACGUGGAACCGCGACAACAUCGCCUCUAUCCAGAUCAGCUUCAAAGAGCCGUUUGGUACUCAAGGCCGCGGGGGGUACUUCGAUGAGUUUGGUAUUAUACGGGAUAUUAUGCAGAAUCAUCUUCUCCAAAUUCUCACUCUUGUUGCUAUGGAGAAACCUGCGUCCGUCCAUCCUGACGAUAUCCGAAACGAGAAAGUCAAAGUUUUGAGGUGCAUUAGAGCGAUCGAACGCAAAGAUGUGGUUUUGGGGCAAUAUAUAGGUAAUCCGGACGGCGAGGAAGAGGCGAAGUUGGGGUACUUGGAUGAUCCGACGGUGCCUGAAGGGUCCGUGACUCCCACGUACGCUUUGGCGGCUCUUCAUAUCAAUAACGAGAGGUGGGAUGGAGUGCCUUUCAUCCUAAAGUGUGGCAAGGCACUAAACGAACGCAAGGCUGAGGUCCGUAUUCAGUUCAAGGACGUUCCUGGAGAUAUCUUCGACGGUAAGCCGAAACGGAACGAGCUGGUUAUCAGAGUGCAACCAGGUGAGGCUCUGUAUGUGAAGUUGAUGGUGAAAACACCAGGUAUGGCGUUCGAUAUGGAAGAAACAGAACUAGAUCUUACGUAUGGACACAGAUACUCUAGUGUUAAGUUACCUGACGCGUACGAGAGGUUAAUUUUGGACGUGUUUUGCGGUUCGCAAAUGCAUUUUGUCCGUUCGGACGAGUUGAGCGAAGCUUGGAGGAUCUUCACGCCAUUAUUGCACCAAAUCGAAAACGAGAAGGUCAAACCAAUUCCCUAUGCGUACGGAAGUCGUGGACCAAAAGAAGCCGACGAAAUGUUGAUAAACAACAAUUUUACAUACACAGGUACAUACACUUGGCCUGCCCCGAAAAUGUGAUUCCAGGACGUCACUAUUUUAAUUACAUUCCAUAAUGUAUGACGGUUGAGGCAAAAUUUUUAUAUUUUUACAAUUUGUAAAAUUUUAAUUUAACGUAACUUAUGUGACAAUAAAAAUGGAAAUUUUUAGUA